AUGGCACCUUCAAAUCAAAAUCCAAAACGCAAAGCCAAAGAAAACCAGUUCCCGUUUGAUUUGGGGGUCAAAGGAAGGAAGACGGGCUUGACACUUCCUGAGCUCGGCGAGCGCGACGAACAUGGCCUCGAACCCAUGGACCAUCUAUUUUCUUCACCCGAAAAAUCAAAGAGUCCGAAUGUCGAGUCUAAACAGGUAGAUGUUACCAUUUCAGAAGAAGAGGACAUGGAAUUGGUAGAGAGUACUACUCCUGGCCGAGUGUUAGUACUUGCCGAACGACAGAAGCUAGGUGCGCGGUUGCCUCCUCCAAGAGCAAAUUCUCCAAUUAAAACGUUUCUUCAAUCACCCGCACGAAGGAAUCCUUCUAUCUUACCCGCUUCUUCGCCAUUUAAAGGCUCAAUUGUAAAGCCUAGAACAGCCUCUAGAACCGUCUCCCUACAAAAAAAGCUUGAGUUGUCAAGGACAAAGCAACCUGCUAAUAAGAAUAGAACCGCAGCAGCUGAACAGUCUUCUAAACAAAGUACGCCUAGAGACUUAAGUCCUGAAAUCUUCCAGAAUAGUCGUUUAGCAAAGAGGACUUCCGCAUCACAAGCUUCCAACCAUAAAGCGACAAGAGAUGAGGUUCAGAACAAUAUUUUAACCAACGAGGACAGUUCAAGUCCACUAAGCUCUGACUAUGAUUCCGAGGUUGACGAGGCAUUAAAUCAGUCUGCCGAUCUUCCUCAAAUUGAGCUAAACAUAGAGCCAGAGAAGUCAAAGAAGAGCCGCGCGAAGGAACCUGAACCCACCAAUAAUAUUGCUGAAAAGUCACGGCGCAAGGGAAAAGGUAGAACAAAUUCUGCUACGGUAGGAGAACCCGAGCAAAGCGAUUCUCGUGAAAUCCUACCAAACGCUGACAAGCUUGACGGCCCUGUAUCUCCCACAAAUAAAUAUAAACGCCCAAAUAAAUCUUCCCAUAAAAAUAAAAGAUCAAGCAAUUCACAGGAUGACGAGCAUGCUGAUACAGAAAUCCCAGAGAAGAAGAAAAAAAAGGUGGCCUCCAAAGUCAAACCCCAAUUAAUCGCCAAAAAGACUGCCGUAAACGGCGCUGGCUCCUCAAAAGGUCCGCGAGGACCACCGCUUCCUAAAAGUAAAGGCCUAUUAAUUCUGAGACGCGAAACUCCAGAGGAAAACCAUGGUAUCCUAAAGACUCGUUUUGGUCGUAAUUCGAUAAAACCUCUCGCGUUUUGGAGUAACGAGAAAGUAGAGUUUGAAGAAGGAGAGCUUUCUACCAAAGACCUAACUGCAGAUUUCGCUGGUAGAAAUAUUAAGCAUGUUAUACGUGCGGAGGAAAUACCAUAUCCAACUAAGAAACAAAAAAGUAAAUCCCAGUCUCAAAAGGUAAGGAAGAGGAAGCUAGCAGAAGAUCCUGAGACGGAUGUUGAGGAAGAUAUUGAACCUUGGGAAGCUGAUCCUGGACGCAUUAUCGCUGAUGUUAGGAACUGGGAUCCUGAUGAACAAUCAGGUUCAGCGAACGACGAGCGGGAAGAAGAGAUUGCCCUAUCUUCAGCUGCUAUUAUCACACGUGAUAUUGCAAAUGCUACAUUUCGGUUUGCGAAGACCAUAACACUGCCGUUCUUCGGCGCAGGAAUGGUAGACCUACCACCGGGCUCGGAAAAAAAACAAAAGAAUUCGAGAAAAAUGCAAAUGGCAUUUUUCGUCUUCUACGGAAAAGUUCAAGUCACGAUUAAUGAUAAUGUAUUUAGAAUAUCCAAAGGAGGAAUGUGGCAGGUACCUCGAGGAAAUUUUUACGGUAUUCAAAACGACUACGACAAGCCUGCUCGGAUCUUCUUCUCACAGGGUUGUGAGAAUGAAGAUGAGACGACAGAAGCUUGA